UCGAGAUUCACCAGCUCCAUCCUCUGAGCAGCACCGGCAACCUCAUCACCACCGGCGUGCGGGCGCGUAGCAUCAACCGAAGAUGCUCGACGCCUUCGAGAUCAUCACCACCUCGGGCAUUGUGCUGUGGCGCAAGCACUACACCCCCGUCUCCUCCAACGUCAUCAACAGCCUCAUCAACGAUGUCUUUAUUGAAGAGCGAGGCGGGCAGAAGGCUGGCGGACAAGACGGCGGCACCAACCCACCCUACAAGAAGGACAAGUACACACUGCGAUGGACGACUGGGAAGGAUCUUGGUCUGAUAUUUGUGGCCGUCUAUCAAAGUCUGCUACACUUGAGCUGGGCGGACAGCCUCUUGACGGCCGUACGCGCACUGUUCAUCAAGCAGUUUGCCCCUGAACUGAAGAACCCCAAUGUCACGGCGAUCGACGCCCGGCAAUUCAACCAGACUUUCGAUGCGCUGGUGAGAAGACUCGACACUGGCAGCACUCGCCGACCCAGUGAGCCAGACUCGGAUGUUGGGCCUCCAGAGCUCACACCCCCGUCAAGUACCGUGUCAGCUGGCGAGGAUGAACCUCCGCCACUGCCUGUCUCAGCUUCUGCCACAUUCAAGAAGCCUGCCAUUCCCGAGCGCCAGAAGGAAGACGUUGCUGUGAUUGAUGACACUACAAGUGCAGAUGCAACUCCAGUCCCCACACCGGAUACGUCAAGACCUGGAACUCCUGCAGGCCAGCCGGUUUCAGGGGUAUUGGUUGCCAAAGGCGGACCGGGCAAGUUUUCCCGGCGUGCGCGGAAGGCAAACUCCUCCAUGCUCAGCAAUUCUGCCCCAGCUUCAUCCGGAGACGAAAGCCCCGCGAGGAAGCCCAAGGGUGGCAAGACUUCUGUCAAGCAGAAGCGAAGAUGGGACACGGAUGGCGGGAUCGUGGAAGGAGAUGACGAGGUAUUGGACUAUAGCGCCUCCGGCCCGACGAGCGCGCCCGGCGAAGAUGACAGAGAUUUCGACCUGACCGAUGUGAACGCGGAUGAGAUGGGUUCCCGCACGCGCAAAGGCGAGUUUGUGCUGAAAGACCUGGAUGAUGAAAUUAACGCCAUCCUCUCGUCUCAAUCCACCUCACGAGCAUCCAAGACGGACCCCUCCGCCGAAUCUUCUGGUCUUCUCAGCUCCGCAAGUUCCAAGAUCUCAGGUCUCUUCCGGAAUGUUGUUGGAGGCAAGACUCUUUCCAAGGCCGACCUCCAACAACCUCUUCAACAAAUGCAGACGCAUCUGCUCGAAAAGAACGUGGCGCGAGAAGCCGCUGAGCGACUUUGCACCUCCGUUGAAACCGACCUACUCGAUCAAAAGACCGCCUCCUUCACCUCCAUCGACAAAACCAUCCACGAAAGCAUGUCGAAGGCCCUCACUCGUAUCCUCACCCCCACCUCAUCCCUCGAUCUCUUGCGCAACAUCAACAACACUAUCACAGGCCCCACAAGCCGGCCAUACGUCAUCAGCAUUGUCGGCGUCAACGGCGUUGGCAAAAGCACCAACCUCUCCAAAAUCGCCUACUUCCUCCUCCAAAACAAUUUCCGCGUCCUCGUCGUUGCAGCAGACACCUUCCGCUCCGGCGCCGUCGAGCAGUUGCGCGUGCACGUGCGCAAUUUGAGCGAGCUUUCGCAGCGCGAGCAGGUUGGCACAGUGGAGCUGUUCGAGAAGGGCUACGGAAAGGAUGCCGCGACUGUGGCGCGUGAUGCCGUUACGUACGCAGGCACGGGCGAGGGCAAGCGAUUCGACGUUGUUCUCAUCGAUACGGCGGGAAGGAGACAUAACGACACGCGACUGAUGAGCUCUUUGACAAAAUUUGGACAGCUGGCGAACCCGGAUAAGAUUUUCAUGGUGGGAGAAGCGCUCGUCGGCACGGACAGCGUGGCUCAGGCGAGGAACUUCGCAAAGGAGUUUGUCGAUACGAAGGGUCAAUUGAGGAACAACGGUGUGGGUAUGGAUGGCUUCAUCAUCUCCAAGUGCGACACGGUGGGAGACAUGGUGGGGACAUUGGUCAGCAUGGUGCAUGCGACCGGCAUUCCAGUCGUGUUCCUGGGCGUUGGACAGCAUUAUGGGGACUUGAGAGGCCUGAACGUCGGCUGGGCGGUGGACAAAUUGAUGCGGUGAGGAUGCUCGAUCUGGCACUUUGUCUAUAGUGAUGAUACCAAGAGA